CGACGACAUCCACGACGCCGCGGCUACUUCUUCUCCCCUCCGGUGGCCGUAUAUCCGGUCUCUCCUUUAUCCUUCAUCUCCUUCUUGGUCUUGCUGCUUUGCCGACUCUCGAACCUCGUCGCUCUCUCCCAUCUCCCCAGACAACAGGAUUGUCUUUUGUUAUCUGUUCUCGGCCAGUCGGAGUAGCUGUUAUCGCCGAAGAUCCCGGCUGCUCUUCGCUCACAAUGAAGCCCCUUUCAUCGUCUCUGCUCAAGCUCCUCUUCUGUGUCGCAGCGCCUUUUCUGCCCGUAUACGCAGCCGCCGACUCGGGCUCGAAAGAUUCCCUCUCACCCUGUGUGGUCCGCUCCCCCACCACCGGUCUCUUCUACGAUCUCAAUGCAAUUUCCUUAUCGCCUCCGCCGGCCGACGGGGAGAAGCCUCGCAAGAACGCCCGAGAAGGCAGCUGGCACGCCAAGGGCCACGACUACGGGGCCAACUUCACCGUCAACAUCUGUGCGCCCGUGCUGGAAGACGUGCAGGAUGUCGUGGGGGUGGAUCGCGCGCGCUGGCAGAACGUCAGCGCAUACUACGAGAAGGAGGGCAAGAUAUAUUCCAUUGGGCAGCAGGCGUCCGAUCCGUUCUUCCGGGGCCGCAAAUUGGUCAUGAACUACACGGAUGGCUCCCCGUGUCCGGGCGACUACCUAGGCAAUGGCAGCACCCGCAACAAAUCCACCAUCAUGUCGUUCCUGUGCGAGCGCGACUCGCCGCCCUCACAGGCCACCGUCUCUUUUGUCGGUACCAUGGACCAAUGCACGUACUUUUUUGAGGUGCGCAGCUCGGCCGCGUGCGGAGCGACCGCUCCGAUCCCGCCGAACCAGGGGCUGUCGCCUGCGGGAGUCUUUGGCAUCAUUGCUUUGAUCGCGGUCGCAGCUUAUCUGGUGGGUGGCUGCGCGUAUCAGCGGACUGUCAUGCACCAGCGCGGCUGGCGGCAGUGCCCGAAUUACAGCCUGUGGGCAGGCAUGGUUGAUUUUGUCAAAGACAUGUUCAUCAUCCUGCUUUCCUCCAUCGGCCGGCUCUUCCGGGUCAAUCGCUCCCCGACCCUCGGCCACACACGCUCCUCCGCCAGCUACGGGCGACGAGGCGACCCCGAUGCUGCGAACCGGUUGAUAGAUCAGCUGGAUGAGGAAUGGGAGGAUUGAUUCAUGAUGGCCGUGCCGUGAUGAAGUGAGUUUGGGUUUCGUUGCAUCGCAUCGCAUCGCAUUUCCCGUGUCGAGAAAAGACAAUGCAUGACCUCUUGUUUGGACAACCCUUAGAGCGCGACAAAUUUUUUUGGGUGGUGCAGUUAGUCUGCUGUGAUGUGUGAUGUGGCAAGUGUACUGAUAUAAUUGGGUUUGGAUGAUGGAUAUGCGUAUACGUAUGGGUUAUGGUAGCAGUAGGUUUCGGUUUU